AUGGCUGAAGGGAAGAUGGAAGCUGAGAUAACGAAAGUAGAAAAACAAAUGGAGGAGUGCAGACUUAACGCUAAGCAGUACCUUCAGCAAGGAAAAAAGAGCAUUGCCUUGAAAUUCUUGAAGAAGAAGAAAAGUUUGGAGUUGGUGUUGAAGCAAAGAGAGCAGGCUAUUGAUAAAAUUUGCAACCUCAUCUCUAUCAUACAGCAAACUGAGUCUAAUCAACAGGCGACUAUCCUAGAUGCAUACUCGUCAGGAGUGCAGGCUUUCAAGGGCUUGAGGGAGCAAACGGGUUUGAAUGAAAGCAACAUAGACGAUACAAUGCUUGACAUUCAAGAAGCCUUCGAGACGAGUGAACAAAUCAAUCAAACGAUAUCUCAACCAAUCGCAGACACGACUGAUUAUAAUAUGGACGAAUUAGAGGCGGAGCUUAACGACAUAUUGACAUCUACCAGUGCUGAAGACUACUUGAAAGACUUGGAGAAUCUUCCCUCUGUUCCCUCACACGAGCCGGGCAUAACUCCGCCCAAAAUUUCCACGCCAGUCAAUCAGAAGAGAGUUGCAGUUAAAGACGCCCUUUAA